UUCUUAUUUUCCUUAGGUUUAAAACAUUGCAGAGCUUUACUCAGUACUCUGAAGAUCGGUAAACACCCAUUUGUAAGGAACAUGGACUUAUGCAUUACCAAGCAGGAUGUCCCUUCCCAAUGAUACCCAGUUUCAUCCCUCCUUCUUCUUGUUGCUGGGAAUCCCAGGACUGGAAACUCUCCAUAUCUGGAUUGGCUUUCCCUUUUGUGCUGUGUACCUGACAGCACUGAUAGGGAACUUCACUAUCCUAUUUGUGAUCCAGGCUGAGAGCCGUCUACACCAGCCUAUGUUCUACUUCUUGGCUAUGUUGGCUACCAUUGACUUGGGUCUCUCCACAGCUACCAUCCCUAAGAUGCUUGGGAUCUUCUGGUUUAGUCUCAAAGAGAUCCUCUUUGAAGCCUGCCUCACUCAGAUGUUUUUCAUCCACAACUUCACUGGUAUGGAAUCAGCAGUCCUCUUGGCAAUGGCUUAUGACCGCUAUGUGGCCAUCUGCAACCCCCUCCGAUAUAGCACCAUCCUCACCAACAGGGUCGUUUCUAUGAUUGGUGUCGGUGUGUUAGUGAGGUCAUUUAUUUCUGUUAUUCCAUUUGUAUUUCUCAUUUUACGGCUGCCCUUCUGUGAGAAUCAAGUCAUCCCUCAUACCUACUGUGAACACAUGGGUCUUGCUCGCCUAUCUUGUGCCAGCAUCAAGAUCAAUAUCAUCUAUGGCUUAGGUGCUAUUUCAAUCCUAGUGUUUGAUAUCAUAGCCAUUGCCCUUUCUUAUGUUUAGAUACUCCGUGCUGUUUUUCAUCUUCCUUCUCAUGAAGCACGACUCAAGUCUCUCAGCACAUGUGGUUCCCAUGUUUGCGUAAUUCUUGCCUUCUAUACACCAGCUCUAUUUUCCUUUAUGACACAUCGCUUUGGCCAAAAUGUCCCCCGUUAUAUUCACAUACUUUUGGCCAAUCUCUAUGUUACAGUACCACCAAUGCUCAACCCUGUCAUAUAUGGAGUCAGAACCAAGCAGAUCUAUGGCCGUGUGAAAAAAAUGUUAUUACAAAAAUAA